UUCUCCCACACUCUCUUCUCUUCCCUCUCACACUUCACAGCAUAAAUAAAAUUGUUGUUGUUGAAGCACAAACAAAAAAGAAAAACAAGAAGACAAUGAUGUUAGGGAAAAGACCUCGUCCUCCCAUGAAGAGAACCACAAGCAUGUCAGAGAUAACCUUCGAUCUGAACACAACCUUGGACGAUGAUCCCAACAACUCCUUAUUAAACCCGCAUGGACCAGGAGGUUCCGAUGGGCCUGGCCCAUGGCCCAAUCACCCCCCCGUUGGGUUCAACGGUUCAGAUCAGAGUAGGGUUUUGGCCACUGUUUCGCCCAGAAACCAUAGUAGACAUUCCCCGGAUUUGGCACACACCCCUGACUUCUUACGCGCUUGCUUUCUCUGCAAACGCCGUUUGGGACCCGGCCGUGACAUCUACAUGUACAGGGGUGAUAGUGCUUUCUGCAGUCUAGAAUGCCGCGAAAAGCAAAUGAAGCAGGACGAGAGCAAGGAUAAGUGUUAUGUGGCAUUGAAGAAACAAGUUGUUGUUGCGCCUUCUGGGUCGCAAGUAACUACCAAAGGCGAAACCGUGGUUGCCUUGUAGUGGCAGCAUCGCGAACAAGAUUGAUGCAAUAUCUAUGCCCUUGUCCUUUCGUACCUUAAUUAGUAAAUAUGUUCAUAUAUAUACUUAGGCUCUCUCUCUUUCUGGGAUCUUUUUUCCUUUUUUAUGGCUAAGUAAUUUUCAUAGUGGCGCUUUUUCGGAGAGUGGCUUUUUGCUUGUGAAUGGGCAACGUGGGUCAGUAUUUUUGAACUAGUACGCUGUAGUUAUUUCCAUGGGAUUUUGAAUCGGAAGU